CGGCGAGCAUGUUCGGCGGCGGCUUCGAGAGCUUCUUUGGCGGCGGCGGCGGCUUCGAGGGCGGCCAUGGCCAUGGCAUGCCCCGCGGUAACGUCGACAACUCCAAGUUCUACGAGACGCUCGGCGUGGCCAAGGAUGCGACCGCGGCUGAGAUCAAGAAGGCCUUCCGCAAGCUCGCGCUCAAGAACCACCCGGACAAGGGCGGCGACCCGGAGCUCUUCAAGGACAUUACGGUCGCGUACGAGACGCUCUCGGACCCCGAGAAGCGCGAGAUCUACGACAAGUUUGGCGAAGAAGGCCUCCAGCAGGGCGGCGGCGGCGGCGGUGGCGGCGCUGACAUCUUUAGCCAAAUGUUUGGCGGUGGCAUGCGCCAGCCGCGCGGCCCGCCGCGUGGCGAAGACCUCACGCACCCGCUCAAGGUGUCGCUUGAGGAUCUGUACAACGGCAAGACAGUCAAGCUCGCGGUAAACCGCGACGUUGUCUGCGCUGGCUGCAGCGGCAAGGGCGGGCCCGACGGCGCCGAAAAGAUGUGCAGCACGUGCAACGGCCGUGGCAUGCGCAUCCAGCACCGCCAGAUCGCGCCCGGCAUGGUCCAGCAGGUCCAGUCGGUCUGUCCCGACUGCCGUGGCCAGGGCAAGACGAUCCGCGAUGCGGACCGCUGCAAGGGCUGCAAGGGCAACAAGGUCACGAAGGAGCGCAAGGUCCUCGAAGUCCACAUCGAGAAGGGUAUGCGCAAUGGCCAGCGCAUCACGUUCAAGGGCGAGGCCGACCAGGCGCCUGGUACGAUUGCCGGCGACAUCGUCUUUGUCGUCCAGGAGAAGGAACACGCGACCUUUCAGCGCAAGGGCGCCAACCUCAUCAUGGAGAAGAAGAUCACGCUUGUCGAGGCGCUGUGCGGUUUCGAGACGAUCGUCGAGCACCUGGAUGGCCGCCAUUUGCACGUCAAGACCAAGCCCGGCGAGGUCAUCAAGCCGAACCAGUUCAAGGCGGUGCACGGCGAAGGCAUGCCGCAGCACGGCAACCCGUUCGUGAAGGGCCAGCUCGUCAUCUUGUUCAAGAUCGAGUUCCCGACGUCCGUGUCGGCGGACCAGGCUCGCGCGCUCCAGAGCGUCUUCCCGUCGGCGGCGCCCGUCCAGCGCUUUAGCGACGCUGAGGAAGCCUUCUUGAGCGAAUUCGACGCCGAGGCCGCGCAGCAGGACGCGCAGCGCGAAGCGUACGACUCGGACGAUGAGCGGGGGCAGCCCCGCGGCGUCCAGUGCCAGCAGCAAUAAGAAUGCUAGUUCUUAGAGACGAAGUAGAUAAUGAAUGGGGUAUGAUGAUGCAUGGCG